AUGGCGCUGCGGCAUGACGCGAUGGAACCUAACUUCUUGCCAGCGGACCCACCGCCGCUGUCCGAAAUCCAAUACCAACCACGCAGCGAUCUAGCAACGGAAUACUUCAACACGUUCAACCAGAUAUGCGAGAACUACCGGCCGGAGUCUGAGGCGAACCUCCGACAGACGUCGGACUCGUUGCGUCUCACCACACAGAUCCUGGACGGCGGUCACGGUGAAUUUAUUAGUACGGACUUUUUGAACGACAAAGCUAAGCAAUCACGGACCGAGUACGUUUCGGACUUUGGUGCUGAGAAGUUUUUAAGUGGGAAGGAUGAACACAUAUUCCAGUUCGGCCAGCCCGACGCGUCGGCUCUGCUGAGGCAGAGAGCGAGGCGGAGAUACAACGAGGAGCAUGGACUGCAGGCGCCUCCGGCCACAAGUCAGGAGAGUGGGUACGGCAGCGAUGAGUUCGGGCACGACUCGCCCAGCCGGUACGCGUCGCCGAAGGGCGCAGGCGCCGGGGCGGCGUACCAGGAGCCGUACUAUGCGGGCGGCGAGUGGGGCGCCGGCUACUACCAGCCCCCACCCCCGUACCAGCAAGACCCCUAUGCCACCUCGCCAGGCAUAGCGGGCACAGGCGGUGGCGAGGCGGGCGGUGCGGGGCCGGCGGGGGGCGCGGAGCUCCCCCUGCCGCCCAUGUCCUCGUUCCGAGCCGCCGCGCCGGUGCACUCGCCCACAGACACCAUGCUGCUGACCAAGCCGCCGUUACAACCGAUGUACGGCGGUGCGGCCACGAGCGGGGCGGGAGCGGGUGCGGGAGCUGGCGCGGAGGCGGGCAGCCUGUCGUCGUACGGCUCGUCGCCCUCCACGCCGGUGCACUCGCCGCCGCCGCUGCACGCCCGCCUCUACCCGCUCAAACACUCGCCCCACCACCCCCACCACAUGCAUCACCAUAAUGGACAGCAAGCCGCGGGGUGGGCGGGUGUGUCCUCGCCGCCUGGUGCAGGCGUGGGCUCCGUGAGCUCGGUGAGCGCCGUGGGCAGCGUGGCCAGUGUAGGGCCCGUGGGACCCGUGGGUGCCGUUGGGACAGUGGCCAACGUACUACCCAAUGGGCACCAGCAUCACGUUGCCGUCUUCCCGCACAAUGUAAUGGGCGCGCCGGCCGAGCAGCGUCAGCUCGACGAGGCGAUGGUGUUCCUGCGGGACCACUCCGACAUCGUUGGCGCGAGAAUGGAAGAGAGGCUGGAUGACGCCAUUAACGUGCUUCGUAACCAUGCCGAGGCGCCCGAGUUAUAUCCCCACGAUGUUCACCAUCAACCGCCCACAGCAGGUCGAUUAGGCCCAUUGGGACACGCGCCUCCUGAACCUCCCGUCAAGUUGGAACGUCACCUGCUUCCAAAUACAAAGAAACGCAAGGAGCCGCCUGAUGCCUUGGAAGCGAAGCCGUCGUCCUCGGCCGCGCCCGACCUGCCCGCCAAGCCGCCCGCCAACAAGCGCUCGCGCAGAUACUGUUCGUCGGCCGACGAGGAGGACGUGGACCCCGACACCAAGGCCGCGCGCGAGAGAGAGCGCCGACAGGCUAACAACGUGCGAGAGAGGAUAAGAAUAAGAGACAUAAAUGAAGCGUUAAAAGAAUUAGGUAGGAUGUGUAUGACGCAUCUGAAGAGUGACAAGCCACAAACGAAGCUCGGUAUUUUAAAUAUGGCUGUAGAAGUCAUCAUGACUCUAGAACAGCAAGUACGAGAACGUAACCUGAAUCCAAAAGCGGCGUGCUUAAAGCGACGCGAGGAAGAGAAAGCUGAAGAGGCGCCCAAAUUACUAGCGGCGCCGUUACAACAUUACCAACCUAUGCCGGGCUUGGGACAACUGGGCGGUCAGCCGCCAACGGGAGGACCGCCGCAGCAAUAG